GAUUCUGAUCGUUGGUAGAGUCUCUUGGGGCAAAGUUCUCCCCCCCCCAUAGUGUCCCUCUGAUUCUUUCUUAUCUGUCUGUGUUGGUGCAUCUUCCUUUGCAAACAAGUUUCGUGGGAGGGGGCGAGUGGGGAGCAAUGACAGAAGUGAAGAGAGAGAAAUUUGGGGAAUGGCACCUUGGCGGAGGGACUGUGGAAAAAUUCCUGCUCAAAUCCAGCACGGUAAAAGUGGAAAUUAUAUCCUUGGGCUGCAUAAUCGCCGCGUUGGAGACUAAAGACAAAGAUGGAAAAUUCUCAGAUAUUGUUCUAGGCUUUGAUCAUUUGGAAGGGUACACCAACAAGCACCCCUACUUUGGAGCUGUUGUUGGACGGGUUGCUAACAGAAUUGCCAGAGGGAAAUUUACAGUGGAAGGAGUCGAGUAUCAAUUAGCCAUCAACAACGGACCCAACAGUCUGCAUGGAGGAAAGAAAGGUUUUGAUAAGGCUAUCUGGGAACCUGAAGUGCUGCCAGAUGGCGUACGGUUUUUCAGAGCAAGUCCAGAUGGCGAAGAGGGAUAUCCUGGUGAGCUGAAAGUCUGGGUGACGUAUACUCUCAAGGAUGGGGAGCUAACCAUCAGUUACAGAGCUCAAAGCAGUAAGACCACACCAGUCAAUCUGACAAACCAUGCGUACUUCAAUCUUGCAGGCCAGGGAUCACCCACUAUCUACGACCAUGAAUUUACCAUACAGGCAGAUUCUUACCUGCCAGUGGAUGAAACCCAGAUCCCCACAGGAGAAAUUGCUUCAGUGCAGGACACAGGUUUUGAUCUGAGAAAGCCAGUGGAAUUUGGAAAACACCUACAGAAGUUUAAGCUCGGAGGGUUUGACCACAAUUUCUGCCUGCCGCAGACGAAAGAAACACGCUUCUGUGCGAGAGCCCAUCACCCCCCUAGUGGCAGAGUGAUAGAAGUUUAUACAACUCAGCCUGGAGUUCAAUUUUACACUGGGAAUUCUUUAGAUGGCACUCUAAAGGGAAAAGGAGGCUGUGUGUAUCCCAAGCAUUCUGGCUUCUGCCUGGAAACACAGAACUGGCCAAAUGCAGUGAACCAGCCUAAUUUCCCAGAUAGCCUGCUGCACCCAGGAGAGGAAUACAAGACCACAACUUGCUUCAAGUUCUCUGUAGCUUAAGCAAAGACCUGCAGCAAGAUUUUUUUUUUGUAGCAAUCUGUAACAAGGUAGUUUUCAAAGAUUCCAGACUGUUUGUUUUAGGAUCAAAUGUGUCAUGUAUCCAUGUACUCAAGAAGUCUACUUGACACCAUCCUGCAGAUUUAAGAUUUUCUACAGGCAACCUUCUCUCUCUCCCACCGCCCCCUUGAGCGCUUACUGGUUCAAAGGCAGGUGGAAAUGUAAUAUUUGCAUUGGGUCUAAAAUAGACUCUAAAUGCAAGAGCUGUGAAGAGCUGUUUAAAAGCUUAUAUUGGUUUGGAAUUCAGUAAUGUAGCAAGGAUUAAUGAGAAUGCAUAUGAAGUGCUUUGAAUCAUUAACAAAUAGACAAGUGGCACUGGUAAAAAAAAUGUUAACUGCUGCUGGUUCAGUACAGCCAACAUGUCCUUUCUGGAUUCUCUAUUCCACCACAGGACAAACUAUAAUUCCCAUCUUCCCCGACCCCUGGUCCUGUUAGCUAGGGAUCAUGGGAGUUGUAGGCCAAAACAUCUGGAGGGCCACAGUUUGGGGAUGCCUGGCACAUAUUGUCCUCAGUGAGCUGUACUGAAGAUCCUGCUCCCAUUUUCUUCUGCAUACCUAGAAGUAUCUCUAAACAUGCCUCUAUUGCUGAUUUCUCAGUAGCCAUUUGUGAUGCUAAAUAGGCUUAAUUCAGUACCUAAGUUUGCUGUUAGUAUGUUGGUGGGGUGCUUCCCAUUAAGUUUCCAGGUAACUGAUGGGUUUCCCAUCAGCCAGCAAGGCUGUUACCCCUUUUCUACAUGCAUGUUACUAUUUUGGCUACCUAAAAAUUGGAGACUUACUAUAUACAGGUGGGGUCCUGCUAUAAAAUACUGUGCUGUAGAUCCCUGGCACACACCUGAAGUGUGUGUGUGCGUGGGGGGGGGACUCCCCGCUCUAAUACAAGUCUGCUUUCAUUUGCAAACUUUUUAAACAUUUCAAAGUAAAACUAGUGUACCUUAAGCUUAUGCAUCUAGUGGAGUGCUUGAUUUGGCAUGGGAAGAGGCAACUUCAGUAGACUGACCUUUGGCCCAACCCCUAAUGAACAUCACUGGCAAGCUUGAGAUAAAUCAUAGCCUGUCAUAAGCCACUCUCACCCACAGCCCUUUCUAUACUCAUACAAGGACAAAUGUGGGUUUUUUGUUUUGCUUUUUAAGGUAAGAACACUAAACAGGAAGGGUUACAAUAGAAAAGACCACUUUCUAUCUAUGUCUCCCCCACUUCAAAAGUAAAAACAUCUGUGACCUCGUCCACAAACUGUGAGAAGGUAUUUUGUUCUGGCAUUGAGAAUACAGAUUUGUCUGUCAACUGUUGCUUGCCUUUUGGCUGAAAAUAAAAAUAUCACAAGCAUUUUUGCUUGCCAGGUAGAACAAUCUUCCCGCUGCUCCCUGUGUGUUCUCCUGACCCUCAAGGGGGGGGGGGCAGGUUAGUUGAAUCCUGCCCAUUGGGUUGUAUUCAACUCAGUCCUAUUCACAGUAAACUCUAAUUAUCCUAAGUUAGUCAGGUCCAUGAGUUUACUCAGAGUAGGACCACUGUUAAAAUUUACAAGAAAAUUGGUUGUAUUUAAGGAUGGUGUUUGGUACUGCACUAGGCAACCAACAUUUUUAACUGAUCUUAUAAUCUUUGCCCACCUUGAUUUUUAGACAAUUAUUAUUCCAAAAUUCUAAACUUAGUGAAAACAGUAUGUAACUGAAACUAUCUUCUGUGCAGGAAAUAUUCAGACAACCAAUUCAAGGUUAGUAGAGGAUACAUCAAUGAAACAAUCUACGUAAAUUAGCAAGAUUAUACAAUUUUUUUGUAAAAUAUUUUACAGUAAUUCAAAAUUGAGAUGAACUGACUCACAAGGAUUGCCAAUUGUGAAAGUGAGCAUGCAACUUCCUUGAUUAGAAAAUGUUAAGCAUUUUUAUUUAUCAGAAACAGCAUAUUCAUUUAGUAUCAUAAAUAUAGCCAUGUCAAGACAGUUUAAAACAAAAACUGAAGUUACUUUGUCACUCAAGUCCCAUCUAGGUGUUCUGUCAUAGAAGUUAAGCAGAUGUUACUCUCUGUUCAACCUUAGGUUUAGUAUGUUAGAUUUAGCCACAGAUUUUAGAUUAGAAGCUAACUUCUACAAUACUGGAAUUGCAGUUAAGCAGCAGGCAUUUCCAGAUGAGACAUAUCUUUGAUAAAGGUGUAUGUUUGAUUUCAGCAUUUCUGUUUGCCAUUGUGAUACAGCUCAAUUAUAGCUAAAUUUUGCCCUGCUAAGGGAGCUGCUAAGAUGCAAUUUAAGCUGUCAGUGAAGAUACAGUCUUCAAGCUAGCAUCCUGUUUUCAUUAAGGGAGAAAGAGUAAGUGAACCAGGGAGAUAGAAACUACUUUCACAAGAUCAGAUUCUGCUUUGAAUUCACUGUUACCUUGUAUCCAAAAUACCUUGGGAAAAGCCCGUUGCUUACACUACUUUCUUGGUAUCCCAGAUGGAACUCCAACAAAAUGGCAAUUUGAAUAAAACUUAUGGGUGCCUCAUUUAAGAUAAUUGUUCCUGUGGUGAUAUGUCAUAAGAGUAUUCUGCUAAGCAAGCCAACUUGAUUUUACAAGUUAACAGGUCAAACUCCAACACUUGUGUAAAUACCAUUACAGAAUCAGAUGGACAAGCAGCUUCCUUAAAAAUACCCUUGCAAGUCAUAACACCCCAGAAAGCCUGAAGCACCAAAUUAAAUGUCACACUUAAGCUUGAUGCCCGCCUGGGUAUUUUUAGCCAAUACCCUUGCACAGUAUUUGUGUACAACUCUAAAUUAUCUGUAAUCUGCUUUUAACAUGCACUUGAAAUAUUAACAGAAGCAAAUAGCAUUACAGCAAAGUUAGAAACACACAUUUUAUUUCAUGUGCCCAUAAAAAGACCCACUUUUCAGAUCACAGGAUGUUAUUACAUACAGAAAUUGUGCACUAGUCUAAUGUAGCAGCUUUUACAGAUUUUACUAGAAGAUCAAGAUCCUUGCUGCGUUAGCCCUAGAAAAGGUUUUCAAUCAACUAAAUCCUUACAUUUGUCAAUAACAAAGAAAUCCCUUAAAAUAACGUAAACAAAAUUCUUCCUAUCAUGUUCUUUGCAAUUCUAAUCCAGUCUUUCAGGACUCACACUCCUUCGAGGGCUUCCUGAUGGCGAACGACUAAAAAUAAAGGGAAAAACGAAGUCACUAGGUUACUCAAUGUUAAAAUUAGUAAAAAAUGGAAAUUAAUAAUUAGUGUUCUUAAAAGGGGAUCCAUGCUACCUGCACAUUAGUAAUUUUAACCCUAGCACCUAUUUGGAUGCUGCUUUAGAAGAGGAUGUUAGUUGGAAUUGAAGGCUACAAGCUCUUAAUGUUAAAUACUGAAGCAAACUUAAAAGUUUGCAUGCACCCCCAUUCCCACAGGAAGUAUUACCAAGCUCUCUUGCAGUGUUCAAGAAGCAUACUUACCCCGAGUUAAUGGAGAAUGGAUAUAAAUGGCUCAUAUCAAAACUGAAAAAGCAAGACUGAAUAUUAAAUCAAGUAAAAAUGCUUUUAAACACAUAUACUCAUGAGGAACUAAAUUCUGACACAGUCUACUAUUAAGUAACAGCUAGCUGCUGUUCAAUGUCUAGAGAUUGUCCUGCCAAUUUCCUGAAGGUUUCAGUCACAACUAUAAACCUUCUCGGUUUAACCUUUGAGCCAUUUACAUUUAUUGUCCAUUAACAUAGCCAGGUAAUAUGCUCCAUCAUUAUUAAUAUGCUGUAUUAUUAUUAUUAUUAGUAGUAGUAGUAGUAUUAAACACUCUUUUUGAGAAUGGUUCUGGACUUUGGUUAAAUCUUAAAUUUGCUUAAGAGAAAAUAUUUAUUACACUUAAGUGGCCUGCCACAGUUCCUCAGACCCCCGGGUGAAUAGUAAUCACUCACUUUCCCAACAGAUGCCAGUUUUUGUGCUUUUACCCUAUUUCAUGGAUGAUCUCCCAUUAUUUCACUUUUAAAAAUACCCUAAAAACUAUUAUGAGCUGUAAACAAAUCACAGCUCUACAUUUCAAACAUUGUAGGAAUUUUAACAUUUAGUAACAUUAUUUUAAUGUUUUAAAUGUAGAACUGUGAAUCCAGGAUAUGCAACACUGUUAUAAACUUUAUUUCGAUUGUUAUCUGCGUAAAAUGCAAUAUAUGUCUCCUUCAGAGGCUUAGCUUACCUUCUCUUUAAAGAUGGUGAUCUUGAUUUGGAACGGCUGUUAAAACAGCAUCAAUUACAUCACAUUAGCAAACACUAGACUGAUCCAGUAUCUACAGCCAGGGAGGGAAACCAGUGGACCUACAGAUGUUACUGGAAUACAACUCCCAUCAUCCCUGACCACUGCCUAUGCUGACUGAGACUGAUGGGAGUUGGAGUCCAACAAUAGCUGGAAGGCCACAGGUUAACUACCCCUGAUGUAUAGCCAUGAUUUAUCGGUUUUAAAAUAAAAGCAUGAAAGAAGCUGGUAACACCUUGCAAUUGGUUAUUUUGAUGCUGAAUACUUGAGAGCCACAAAGAUUGCUUCUAAACUACUUAAAUGCAUAGAGUAGGCUAAAUGAACCUGCAUUCAAAGCAUAAGCCUGUGUGUAUAGUAGACAUUGAUGUUUUCGAUUAAAGCAUUGCAAGAGGCAUUUGAAAGUGAUUACCAUUUAGAAAAAUGCCCAUUUCACAUAAUCCAGCUAAUUACUAAUUACUAUUUUACAAAGCAUCGAAGUUUACCUGCUUCUGGGUCGUGAAACGGACCUGGACCUGGAUCUUGACCUUGACCGAGACCUAGGUUUUAAAGAGAAGGCACUCAAUUCCAAGCUCUUAACACAUCUAUGCAGGUGAAUGAAAGCUGUCAUGAAACAAGGUUGUCGGCAUGCAGUCACAGCAAUAUACAAAGUUCAUUAAUUCUAUUCAUUCUGGAGGAAACUUAGAACAUAUGAUGCCCAGAUGUUCUUUUCUUCAGAGAUAUAUGUAUGAUUCUAUCAUUGUUGCAUUUAUUUAUAGGUUUUUUUUAAAAAAAUAUUGCCUACAUUUCCUUUUUCUUUUGUAAGCUGCUUUGAAUAUCGGGCAAAAGUAUUAAGAUACUAAGGAUAAUUAAAUUGACUCCAUGAACAUUAAGCUUAUUCGCAAAAUUACCUUGAUCUUUUUAAAGAUCCUGAACGGGAUCUGCGUGGCGAGACAGAUCUGGAUCUCCGAGGGGAGAGUGAUCUGGAUCUCCGAGCAGAGACAGACCUGGAUCUAAAAGAGAGGUGGCUGUUACAAAUAUGUCAUUCUGAUUUUUAAACUAAAGCACCUUGUUUCAAUUUUGAUACUCACCUCCGGCCACGACUUCGGCUACGUGAGCGAGAAUAUCUCCUUCCUCUGGACCUUGAAUGAGAUCGAGACCGUGACCUAGUUUUAGGUUAGAUAAGAGAAGUAUUAGACCACAAGUUUAACAGUUAACAUGUGAGCCUUUGCCAAAGCCAAAAUAUCAGAUAAUUAAAAAUUAGUGUCUUGUACGUUGAAAAAAAUCAGGGCCUAUGUCUUGAGUAUUUUUACUACCUAAAAAAGAUGUUAAACUGAAUAACAUUUUAGAAUUACAAUCAUAAUAUAAAACACUGUAAUGUGUAUUUAAAAUAAACCUUGCAAGUUUGCAGGUCGACCCUCUUUGGCCCAAGGUCUAGCAGAUCUAGACGAUCUAGAAGUAUCUAUAGCCGGCCGCUGCAUCUAGGUGUUCUCUUCAAUCUAACGACGAUCAAACUGACAGCCAAAUGAGCCAGGUGAGGCUUGAUUGACGCAAGAAGAUUUUUCUAGGUGGGAAUGUGGUCAAUCUGGUGUUCCUCUUUUUAAACCGGAGGGGGCCCCAAUUGAAAGCCAAAUUUACUGUUACGGCGAUCACCGUCUCAAUUUUUCUGCCCUUUAAAGAAUAAGGUGAAGCUAGGUGUAGAUGGCUCGAGGGGAUCUGGCCUCUUAUGCUGAUCACCUCAAGGUCUAGGAGGAUCUUAAUUGUCGGAUUUGCAAGGCGCCUCAGCAUGAAAUCUUAAGGCUCGUGACAUUCUGAAUCAA